AUGUCUUUGCAUCACGGUGAGUCACCAAAAUCCAAACGGCGACGUCUCGAUCGUGAACGCCGACGACGUCGUCGUGCGAGCGAGAGUGAACUCGAAAGAUCUAAUCGUCUAGAUUGCAAUGCCGAGAAUCGGCGUCGUCGUCGUUCGCGAGAAAGUGGCAUGCAGUCGCACACGACGAAAGCGCGCAAAGUAGAAACUGUUGACGAUCGUCGGCUCCGUUUGAAGCUUCAAACAUUGGCACUGCAUGUCGCCAAUAGCCGGGCUCGUGAGAGUGAGGAGAAGCGCUCCACUAGGCUUGAAGCGGUUGCUAGACAGGUCGCUAGAAGACGAGCUCGUGAAACCGACGAGGAGCGCGUUGUCAGGCUUCAAACGGUGUCUGCGCGUAGUGCCGCUAAGCGAGCUCGUGAAACCGACGAGGAGCGCGUUGUCAGGCUUCAAACGGUGUCUGCGCGUAGUGCCGCUAAGCUUGUGAAACUGACGACGAGCGUGUAG